AUAUAUACGUGUGUAGUCUCGUGUGAUAUACUACUGAGGGUGCUGCUAUUGGUACCUCGGCUCCUAUUUCUCCUCCUCCUCCUACUACUACUACUACUAUUACUACUACUACUACUACUACUACUACUACUACGACUAUUGCUGGUGUUGCGGUUAAGUGGCUGAGUUACUUCAUCCAGCAAAGUGACAGCAGCGGCGAAGAGUAAUUAGCGUGGAAAGGUGCGAAUUCUUCCGAGGUGAGUGAAAAGGGAUGACAGGAGAGGAGAGAGGAGAAGAGAAGAAGAGAAAACGAAGCACAAGAGGAAGAAGAAGGAAAAAACACACAUCAAACAUCGACACCAAUUAACACACACACGCACGCACACACACACUCCCGUUCGUAAAUGCAUCAAGCACUUCUCUCUAACUGAAGAAAAAAGGACACGUUGAGAGAGGAAAGGAAAUAGAAAAUAGGAAAAAACAGUGACAGAGAAAACGAUACAAAAAAGAAAUAAGGAAAAUAAAAACAGUGAAAGAGAGAGAGAAAAGACAAAUAAAAGGGGAAAACAAAAACGAAACGAUAAAACUAACAUCACCUUUUCCUUUUCCUCUUCUUUUUCUUCCUUUUCCUAUACUUCAAGAGCGACAAAGAUGAGGAAACAAAACAUCUCCUUCCUCCCCCUCCACCUCUCCUUCGUCCUUGUCCUCCUCUUCGUCAGUUCCAUACAGGCAUCGAAGUCCAACACCUUGCAGAACUCCAAAAGAAAGGACGCGAUUGGAGUACCACCACCAGCACCACCACCACUAGAAGGGCGUUACCGUACUGCCCAGGACAACCAUAUACCGACAGGGCAGGGGAAGGAUGAAGCGGUGGGCAUGGAGAAGGCAAAAGGGCAAGGCGUCAAAGUACCAUAUGGGCAGGAAGGAGAGAGUCUGACGAAAGGGCAAGGAAUAGGACAGGAACAUAAAAUCGGACAAGCAGAAGAAGGGAAACUAAAGCAGGAGGGAAAACAAGAACAAGGAGAGGGAACGAUAACAAGGAAAGGAGAAGCAGGAAACGGAGAACAAGGACAAGGCCACGAAGGAAAGCAGGCGAGAACAGAGAAAGGAAAAGAAGGGGCAGGAACCGAACCAGAGAUGAUAGAGGAACAAGCCCACGAGACGAGACGGAAACCAGUACCGCAACCUAACCAAAGCCAACGCGAUAUACCGAGAAACGAGGCAGAACAAGAAUCCAACCCCCCACAAGAAGGAUCAAGAACCGAGGGAGUGGGACAAGCAGAAGGGGAGAAGAACAUCGGGGGAGUGGUGACGGACGGCGAAGCGACAAAUCAAAACAAAGAAGUCGCACCAACCUCCCAAGGACAGAAGGACGCCAACAACGGGACACUGGCAGGGCAGGAGACGAGGCCGAACGAUAGAUUCUUGACGCCAUCCCUGAAGAGGCACUACGAGGCGUGGAUGAGGAGGAUCAUGCAGAGUGAUUACGUGAAAAAUAAGACCAGACAGGGACACGGACGAGGACGGAAAUUCGAAAGUGAAAGAAAGGCGAGGAAAAAAGACGCGAGUAAAGAUGAGGAUGAGAGAAGAGGAAGGAAAAAUGAGAUAGCAGAGGAUGAGGAUGAAAUGGAGGAAGACGAAGACGAGGAAGAGGAUAACGAGGAAGAGGAGGAGAGUCAAGAGGAAGAGGAAAGAAAGGAGAGGAAACAAGACGUGAAUAAAGAUGAGGAUAAGAGAAGAGGAAGGAAAAAUGAGAUAGAAGAGGAUGAGGAUGAAAUGGAGGAGGAUGGCGAGGAAGAGGAGGAGAGUCAAGAGGAAGAGGAAAGAAAGAAGAGGAAAAGAGACGUGAAUCAAGAUGAGGAUAAGAGAAAAACAAGGAAAAAAGAGUUACGAGAGGAUGAGGAUGAAAUAGAAGAAGAGGAGGAGGAAAACAAGAGUAAAAAAGAAGAGGAGGCGAAUCAAGCGGAAGAGGAAAGACCCAUUAAGCUGCAGAAGAGGUCAAGGGCCAUCAAUAAGGUAGUCAUCCCUGGAAAGAAAACGGACAUUCCUCAACCAAAGAAAGUGGACGAGUCAUGUGAAUGCGGUCAUUACAACGCACGGCAGGCAAGAAUCGUCGAAGGGAGAGAGACGAACAAACACCACUACCCAUGGAUGGUGUCAGUCCAGGUGGCAAAGGGUCGCAUCCACUUUUGCGGCGCCAGCAUCAUCACGCGAGAGUUCGUGAUGACGGCUGCCCACUGCUCGUACGGGUUUUUCCCCUUCGAGUUGGUGGUAAGGGUCGGCGAUCACAAUCUUGCCGUGAAAGAGAGCUCGAGGGAGAAAACAGUCAUGGUGGCGAACAUCAUCGAACACCCAAGAUACGACAUCGACACCACCGACAACGACAUCUCACUCCUGCGGCUGGCGGAGGAGCUGGCCUUCACGUGGCGGGUCAGCCCCAUUUGCCUCACGCCGCCCAACUUCACGUUUUACAAGGAGACAGUGAAGGUCAUGGGCUGGGGACGCCGCUUCGUGGAUGACACAGCUAGAGCCACGAUUCUGAGACACGUUGAUUUGAAAGUGCUGCCAAUGUACAAAUGUCGCUACAACUUUCUGCUGGAGUCUGAAGAGGUGACGAGCAAGAUGUUCUGCGCGGAGGGCGGCAAGAAGGACACAUGCCAGGGUGACUCCGGUGGGCCUCUCGUGUACCUGGAGCAUACCCAGAACAGGUACUUCCUCGUGGGCGUCACCAGCUGGGGCGUGGGGUGUGGUCUACCUAAGUACCCUGGAGUCUACACCAAGGUCUCGAAGUUCCUGGAGUGGGUAUAUGAGCAAACGAAGGACACUCCCUACUGCGCCAGCUACUCGCCGAAGCCCGACCGGAAGAAGGUGAUGAUGCUGAAGAAGAAGAAGAAGAACGGCAACGGGAAGAGGAGGAAGACGGGGCUACGAUGGAAGAAGGGAAGGACCAUGUGGAGGUAUGAGGAGAUCGGUAAAAAGGAGAAUGAGGUAAAGCAGAGGAGAGACGGAAAGAUGAUGGAGGAGGAAGAAGGGAAGAAGAAUGGAAAGAGGAAGGAGAGGAGAGGGAAGUUGAUAAAGGAGGCAAGAGGAAAGAAAAGUAAGAUGGAAGAGGAAACAAACAGGAACAGGAUAAAGACGAGGAAAGGAAAGAUAGCGAAAGAGGAGAAAGGGAAGGGAAAACGAAGGCUGACGAAGGAAAGGGGAAAGAAUAACACGCAAGAUGGAAUGAAAAGAAGAAGAAAGAAGAAGAUGAUGAAGGAGAGAGCAAGGAAAGAACGUGGGAAGAAGAAGAGGAGGGAGGGAGAGGGAGGAGAAUAGAGGAAAAGAUUGACGGGGGAAGGAAGAAGGAAGGUGAAGGAGGACGGAGAAGGGAGGAAAACCGGACGAAUGGAGAGAAAAGGAGAAGAAAGGAGAGAAAGUGAGAGGAAGGAGGAGAGAAGAAACAGACUCAGUGGCAGACGAGGAAGCAAAACAGAAGAAGAAGAAGACAAAGACGACGAUGAAGAGGAGGAGGAGGAGCAGGAGGAUAAAGAGGAGGAGGAGGAGGAGGAGGAGGAGGAAUGAGUCAAUACCAGAAGCAAAAAUAAGAUAUAAUGGACAGAAGAUAAG